AUGUAUCUUCUUGUUUAUGUGGAUGACCUUAUACUCACAGGAAAUGAUGAAAAUCUCAUCCACAUCUUCAUUUCCCAACUUAAUCAAGAGUUUUCCAUCAAAGAUCUUGGGGACUUAAAUUAUUUCUUAGGUCUUGAAGUUGUUUACACAGACUCUGGUCUUUUUCUAACACGGGCAAAAUAUGCUAAGGACAUCCUCAUACGUGCUCAACUUCUUGAUUCUAAACCUAUUAGCACCCCUCUCACUCCACAUGAAUCCUUUACGAGUGCUGGUUUGUCGUACUCUGAUCCCACUCUUUACCGCUCUUUAGUUGGUGCCUUGCAGUACUUGACGAUUACCAGACCAGAUCUAUCUUAUGCAGUGAAGCAACUAUCUCAGUUUCUACACAACCCAACCAUUGAUCAUUUUAGAGCGGUUAAACGUCUUCUCCGCUUUGUCAAAGGCACUCUUUCCUUUGGUCUCACCUACAACCAUCCACACAAACAAUCCAUUCUUGGGUACUCUGAUGCAGACUGGGCACGUUGUCUGGAUACAAGACGUUCCACGUAUGGCUACUCUAUCUUUCUUGGCGGCAAUCUUGUGUCUUGGAACGCAAAAAAGCAACCUACGGUGUCACGCUCAAGUUGUGAGUCUGAAUAUCGAGCCAUGUCGAACACUGCCACUGAACUUGUCUGGAUCACUCAUCUAUUACGAGAACUGCAUGCCCUACCACCCGAUCGCCCUACCCUGUUGUGCGAUAACAAAAGUGCGUUAUUCAUGACUCAAAAUCCAGUUUCACACAAGCGUGCUGAACACAUUGACUUGGAUUAUCACUUUAUUCGUGAACUGGUUCAUUCGGGUAAACUCUAUACCAAGUUUGUACCAACCAAUCUUCAUGUGGCUGACAUUUUCAUCAAGAGUCUUCCGCGCGCACAGUUUGAAGCUUUCAGAACAAUGCUUCUUCUUGGACCGCCACCAUUUCGAUUGACGGGGGGUAUUAGAUAA